AUGACGCAGAUCGCCCUCCCCCGAUCUGCCGACAUUACCAAUCCCCGAGCCUGUGCCAAUGGCAACGGGCAUGCCUAUACCAACGGCCAUGCCAACGGGCACCUCAACGGCAACGGCAACAGCAUUGCUGACCACAGCGUCGAUGAGAAUGUCUUCCUCUUCGUCCCGAACCUGAUCGGUUAUGCGCGUGUGAUCCUCGCUGGUGUUGCACUGUACGAGAUGCCGACGCACCCCAAAGCGUGCACGGUUGCGUACGGAAUCUCGUGUCUGCUCGACGCCGUCGACGGACAGGCUGCCCGCGCCCUCGGCCAGAGCUCCAAGUUUGGCGCCGUCCUCGACAUGGUCACGGACCGCUGCACGACGGCGUGCCUCCUCUGCUACCUUGCGAGCGCGUACCCCAAGUGGGCGCUGCUGUUCCAGUUCCUGAUCUCGCUCGACUUUGCGUCCCAUUACAUCCACAUGUACUCUGCGAGCGCAGAAGCUAUCCUGUUGUUCCUCAAGCUAACCCGCAGGUCCCUCGUCACCGGUUCGAGCUCGCACAAGCAGAUCACGGAGGACGUCUCGUGGAUCCUCGCCAAGUACUACACGGACAAGACGACUCUGUUCCUCUUCUGCUUCUUCAACGAGCUCUUCUUCGUCUGCCUGUACCUGAACGCCUUCGUGUCGACCCCGAUCGCGGCUGGUGGUCUCUUUGGCCGCCUCACGUGGCCGCUGCUGGGCGCGCUGAUCUCCUUCCCCUGGUGCUUCGGCAAGCAGAUCAUCAGCGCCGUCCAGUUCUGGAAGGCGAGCAAGAUUCUCUGCGGUAUCGACCUGUACGAGCGCCAGCGUGCGCGCGAGGCCAAGGCGGCGGCCAAGAUCCUCGAGUCGCACGCCGAGGUCAUCGUCGAGGAGGAGCCCCUCAUCAAGCAAUAG